AUGGUGCUGGCAGGCAGCCCGUAUAGGGCUGUUAGCCUGUUGAGAAGAAAUAUUCCCUCAAUUCUGAGGGCGACGAAAGGAGUGGAUCUGAAGAUCAGCAGAAGGCUUUGCAUUAAACCCCAUGAAGAAAGUAAACUUGAGGCAAAAAGUAAGGUUUUCCAGGUUUUUGUAGGUCAGUCUACUUUGAGGGUGCCUGGAUACAAGCCAACAGACUGGGAGAGAAGAUUUUUAUUGUGGGCAGGCCACUACAAAAAGCCAGAGGAUAUACCAGAGACUGUCUCGAUUGAAACAGUCAGAGCAGCAAAGACCACACUGCGGGUGAAGUUCAGCUAUGUAAUGAUUGCCUUGACAAUACUGGGAUGCAUAACCAUGGUGAUUAGAGGGAAGCAGGCUGUAAAAAGGCAUGAAACCCUUACAAGCAUAAACUUGGAAAAGAAAGCUCAAUGGAGAGAGGAAGCAUCUGCUAAACCUUAG